CAAAAUAUAAAUAUUUUAUAACAAUGUAAAUUAUUUAUUAUUUUUUAUUAAACAAUUUAUUGAUCAUCUAGACAAAAUAUCUAAAGAAAUCUAAAAACAGUUUGCAUAUGUUUUUUGUUGAGUUCGGAGGGCCAAAUUGAUCAAAAAUAUACAGUUUGGUGCAGUUGCUUAUGUUUAUAUGGCCAAAAAAAGUAAAAUGAAACUCUGACAGCUUGUAAUGUAAGUCUGUCUUUCUAUGGCUGAGACUUCCGGUUCAUUGGCCGCUAUAGAGAAAUAACCAGAAGAAUAAAAAUGUGUAGUAAACAGUAAAACAGUUUGCACUACAAACCAGUGUAAGUAAGAGUAAAAUAAUACAUUAUAAUAAUACAGUGCCCUCCACUAAUAUUGGCACCCUUGGUAAAUAUGAGCAAAGACGGCUAUGAAAAUAAAUCUGCUUUGUUUAUCUUUAUGAUCUUACAUUCAAAAAAAUCACAAAAUGCUAACCUUUCAUUGAAGUAAAACAAUUAAAAGUGGGGGGAAACUUACGUUAUGAAAUAAAUGCUUUUCUCAUAUGCAUGUUGGGUGCAAUUAUUGGCACCCUUAGAGAUUAUAAUGAGUAAAAUAUCUCUGAAGUAUAUUCCCAUUCAUAUUUGCAUUUAUUUAGCACACUAGAAUGACUAGGAGUAUGAUACUGUCCAGCCAUGACUUCCUGUUUCACAGGAUUAUAAAUAUGAAGAGCACAAAGGCCAAAUUUCCUUAAUCAUCCAUCACAAGGAAUAAAACCAAAUAAUAUAGUUCUGAUGUGCAGAACAAGAUUGUUGAGCUUCACAAAAUAGAAAAUGGCUGUAAGAAAAGAGCUAAAGGAUUGAAAAUCCCAAUUUCCAUUAUUAGGACAAUAAUUCAGAAUUCUAAUUAAACUAAAGAUGUUACAAAUCUGCCUGGAAAAGGACGUGUGUCUAUAUCGUCUUAAUGCAUGGUGAAGAGGAGAGUUUAAGUGUCCAAAGAUUCUCCAAGGAUCACAGUAGGAGAAUUGCAGAGAUUAGUUGAGUCUUGGGGCCAAAAGACUAAAAAAAAAAUUCAAACAGCCCCUACGUCACCACAUGUUGUUCAGGAGGGUUUUAAGAAAAAUCCUCCUUGCUCAUCCAAAAACAAACUCUAGCAUAUUCAGUUGUCAGACACGACUUAAAUUUUAAACGGGACUGGCUUCUGUGGUCAGAUGAAACUUAAAAAAAAGAGCUUUCUGGCAGCAAACACUCAAGAUAGGUUUGGUACAAAAAGUACCCCAUGCCCACGGUUAAAUAUACUGCUGGAUCUUUAAUGUUGUGGGCUUAUUUUUCUGCCAGAGGUCCUGGACAUCUUGUUCAGACACAUGGCAUCAUGGAUUCUAGCAAAUACCAACAGAUAAAAAAUGUAAACCUGACUGCAUCUGUUAGAAGCUCAUUACUAACAUCUGUUAGUAAUGAGCUGUAGUUGGAUCUUCCAUCAGGACAGUGAUCCAAAUCAAACAUCAAAAUCAACACAAAAAUGUGUCACUGAGCAUAAAAUGAAGCUUCUGCCAUUGCCGUCCCAGUUGCCUGACCUGAACCCUAUAGAAAAUGCGUGAGGUGAACUGAAGAGAAGAAGCACCAGCAUGGAGCUGGGAAACUAAAGGAUCUGAAGAGUUUCUGUAUGAAGGAAUAGUCUCUGAUCUCUUGUCAGGUGUUCUCCAAACUCUUCAGGUAUUAAAGAAGAUUUAUUCUUACAGCCACCUUUGCUCAUAUUUACCAAGGGUGCCAAUAUUAGUGGAGGGCACUGUAUAGUAACACACCACUUUGCAAUAUCAAACAGUAAAAUGAGCUGUUUUGUAGCAGAUGAGACCAGAAGCCAGACCCAUAAAAUUUGCAAAUGGUCAUGCCCGCUCUUAUGCGAAGAAAAAGGUAGAUAACACAAUCUCUGCAGUUGUUAUUGUUGCUUGCAAAACAUAGUGCAAUGCAGUACAAUGAUGACUGAGAGAUAUAAAUGCUGAAAGGGAAAUAAACAUUCCUCAAAAGCCUGAUGUAUCAUAUUUUAACAUGAUUUUUCAUAAAAAAGCAUUUAUAAUCAAGUAAACCUAAGUUGCUGCUGUGCAUUAAGUGUUUAUUUACAUUUACUUCAUAAAAAUAAGUAAACAUUUAACAGCAAAAAGACAUGUUUACCACAAACUAUCAACCAUAAGACUGAAGGCAUGUAGCAGAUUAUGGACAAUUGAGAAAUUUGCAUAUUAAAUAUGAUAUAGUAGUCUUUAUAGGGUUAAAUGAAACUCAUCAAUGAGCUAUACUGCCACUGAAAUUAAAAAAAAUGAUAUUUAAGGAGCUUUUGAUUACAUUUCACAAAAAGUACUGGCAUGUAGAGACAAAAAUUGGUAACACUUUUCCUAUUUAAUGUAUAAACAUUUAACCUGUUCUGAACCAUGUUAUAUGUUGUUUCAUAAGUACAAGAGUUAUAAAGCAGCAGGUGUUACGUAGAACUGGGGCAUGUGAGGACUUUGACAGGAGACGCACAGUGACCUCUGGUUGUAUGGGUAAUUUACGUCUGGAGUAUAAGGUCCUGAAAGGGUGGAGCAUCAAUAGACUCUUAAAUGUUCAUUACACCUGGAAGCUUGUCACCUUGUCUACCUGAGUCUUUCCAGCUCCAUGGAUGUAUGUGAUCUAAAAAUGUUGCCUGUUGGGGAAAAUUAUGACACACAAGUGUUUGUAAAGGUGCCGGGCCCAACUCUGACAUACCAGAAUAUUCACUACUGCGUCAGAGAAAGCCGUGGACUGUGCCGCAAGAGAGGACCUGAGCGAGAAAUCCUGAAAAAUGUCAGUGGAAUCAUGAAAACCGGCCUAAAUGCAAUCAUGGGAGCGACAGGAAGCGGCAAAACAUCGCUGUUAGAUGUGAUCGCUGGUAGGAAGGAUCCUCGUGGUUUGCGUUCAGGUCAAGUUCUGGUUGACAACAAUGUCGUGACUUCUAACCUCCGUCUCAUGUCUGCCUAUGUCGUACAGGAUGAUAUCCUGAUGGGCACUCUGACUGUGCGGGAGAAUCUCUUAUUCUCUGGAAAUCUGCGGUUGCCAAGGAAACAGUAUUCCACUGCUGAUAAGGAAAAAAAAGUGGAGAGCAUCAUUCAGGAGCUGGGAUUAGAGGACUGUGCACACACCAAGAUUGGUACAGAGUUCAUAAGAGGUGUAUCAGGAGGAGAAAGAAAGCGCUGUAGCAUUGGUAUGGAGCUCAUUACAUCUCCUACUCUUCUGUUCCUGGAUGAGCCGACCACGGGCCUCGACUCCAAUACAGCUAACAGCAUCAUUGCUCUCUUGCACAAGUUGUCACGGGGUGGUAGAACUAUAAUUUUCUCCAUCCACCAGCCACGUUACUCAAUCUUCAGGCUUUUUGAUCACCUGACACUGCUCCAUAAGGGAGAAACCGUUUAUGCUGGCCCUGCUGGCAAAGCCAUGGACUACUUCCAGAGUCUGGGUUAUAAAUGUGAGGCUUUCAACAACCCUGCAGAUUUCUUUCUGGACAUAACAAAUGGGGAGAUCUCGUCUUCAAUGCCAACAGAGAAGUCAUUGGCUGAGCUUUACAAGGAGUCUCAGUACUGUGCUGCUGUCAAAGAAGAGUUGAAAAGUAUCACCGGAUCACCACAUCCCUCAUCUAAGGCCAAUAGCAAGGCAGCAUCCUAUGCCACAUCAUUUUUCUACCAGUUAAAGGUGGUAUGUUGGAGGACAGUGCUGAACGUUGUCAGGAAUCCUCAGACCUCAUAUGCUCAGAUUGCAAUGAACAUUCUCUUUGCUCUGCUGAUUGGACUCAUCUACUACCAGAUGCCUUUAACUCUUCCUGAGGCCUUGCAGAACAGGAUUGGAGCGUUCUUCUUUCUCAUCAUCAACAUGGUGUUUGGCAACCUAUCAGCAGUUGAACUCUUCAUUAAUGAAAGAGCAAUCUUUGUGCACGAGAACUCCGGUGGAUAUUACCGUACAUCUGUGUAUUUCCUGUCCAAGGUGUUCGUGGAUCUGAUACCUAAUCGCAUUGUGCCGAUUCUCAUCUUCUCCAGCAUUUCUUAUUACAUGAUGGGUUUGAAUCCAUCGUUCACAUCCUUCCUGUGCUUUGCAUUGACCAUGUCUAUGGUUAGUCUGGCAGGAGUCAGUUUGGCCUUCCUGGUCAGUGCCAGCGUGAGCUCAUUCGCCAUGGCCAACGUCCUCAUUACCUUGCCUUUUGUCUUCAUGAUGGUAUUUGGAGGUUUCCUGGUGAAUCUCAACUCGAUGCUCAACUGGCUGUCCUGGCUCAAGUGGGCCAGUAUUUUCAAAUAUGGACUAGAUGCUGUGACUAUAAAUGAAAUGAAAGGGCAGGUCUUCUACAAUGGCAAUGCCACACUAACAGGAGAGAUGUAUCUGCAGUCUCAAGGGAUUGACUACAGUGUGUGGGGCUUCUGGCAGAACCAGGUGGCUCUUUUGGGCAUUAUACUGGUGUGUAUGGUGUUUGCAUACAUACAGUUACUCAGGAUCAACCGCUGGAAAUAAUGCACGUGUUCUUUGUAACACAUUCAUUCGUACACAGUUUAAUUUCAUCAUUUUUUUAUUUACACCAAGUGCAUUUCUGUCCAAGUUCAGUUGUCUGUGUAAAUCAGGGGUCAGCAAACUAUGGUAUGCAUGCAAUAGAGAAACAUGCAUGCCGAUGUACAUUUUGAGGUAACCUUUACAGCCUGUUAGGAGCUAAAUACUAUUAAAGUGUGAAAAUUAAUGGUCUAUAGAUGUGUGACCGAUGCGCUUAUGAGGCGCUUUAGAUCAGUUCUGUGGCGUGUUUUUUUGUUUCGAAAUGUUUCAAAGUUUCAAUGGAUCGUAUUCCUUUUAUUUAAUGAUAUAAUUGAUAUUGCACUUCAUAUAUUACUAUUUCAAUAAAAAAAUGCAAUGGUAUUGCAAAAACUGCUUUUUAUGCAUAGGCUAUGUUAUUUUUGGGACUGAGUUUUUUUUGUAGUUAUAUAGUUUUGACCAGCAGGUGUCACCAGCGUGUGGCGUUUCGAAUGCUUCGAAACAGUGAAUCGUGUUGAUUCAAUUGAUUCGAAUCUUCACUAGCUUUCGUUUAGCUUUAGUCAUACUACGCGAUUCAGUGCAUGACAGCUUACAGUUUUUUUCUGUAUUUGUUGAUCGUAGUAAUACUAUUAAAUAAAUUAUAUAUAUAUAUAUAUAUAUAUAUAUAUAUAUUUUUUUCUGGUUAUUUUUAAGUUGGUACGAAUCACAAUGACGGCGUUGUGAUUCACAUACAGUGGUGUUCAGUAGGGUCACACUGUUAAUCUGUUAUUCAAAUUCUAAUUUAAACAUUACAAUUAACUAACUUUUAGGACAGUUUCUUUUAUUGAACAGUUUAAAAUAUCUUUUUGGCAUAGUGGUUAAACAAAACAAUAAAAAUGGCACUUCAUGCUCAAAAGGUUGCUGACCCCUGAUGUAAAUUAUAAUAUUUAAAAGUAAUUAUUCAUCUAGCCUUUUGGGGAUUGACACAGGAUACUUUUUUGAAAAUGUGAAAUGCUCUGUAAAGUUAAAACAGACAUGUUGUACAACUAUCUGUAUUUAAAUGCUUUUCUGCUCAAUUUAGUAAAGUUAUUAGUUAAAAUGAUUCAUGAAAAGUAAUCUGACUAAAUGUUUAUCUUGUUUUUAAAUGUUUAUCACAGUUGUGCAGUUGGAUGAUUAACUCAACUUUAUAGUUACUGACAUAUAGCCUUUGUGGCAUGUAAAUAUAAAAAUAUAUGUAUAUAUAUAUAUAUAUAUUUAAUGAAAACAAAGUUCCCAAUUGUGACCCUGGACCACAAAACCAGUUAUAAGUCGCUGGGGUAUAUUUGUCACAAUAGCCAACAAUACAUUGUGUGGGUCAAGAUUAUCAGUUUUUCUUUUAUGCCAAAAAUCAUUAGGUUAUUAAUAAAGAUCAUGUUCCAUGAAGAUAUUUAGUAAAUAUCCUACCAUAAAUAUAUCAAAACAUAAUUUUUUAUUUUUUAAUUUUUGACUUAAUUUGAACAACUCUAAAGGCGAUUUUCUCAAUAUUUAGAUUUUUUGCACCCUCAAAUAGUUAUAUCUCAGCCAAAUCCUAUCCUAACAAACCAUACACCAAUGGAGAGCUUUUUAAUUCAGCUUUUAUGAUGCAUAAAUCUCAAUUUAAAAACAUUUUGUGGUUCAGGGUCACAAUUCUUUGUGCACAUGGAAUGCAUGUUCUACAAAAAUAUAUUUUGCUCUGUUUAACUAAUAUAUUAAUUAUAGCCUAUACUUUAAAACCAAUAAAUUUCAUGUAUUUUAAUCUGUAUUUUUUAUAACAAUAAUAAAAUUUAA